AUGAUCCCGGUUUUUCUGUCCCUUCUCUUCAACUCAGUGCAAACCGUUAACAUGAGUCCUGUAGUAGAACCUGCUCAGUAUCCCAAGCUUAUGGAUAUCUUUAAAAGCGUCCCAAAACUACAAGCUGACAAAGAGCCAAAGCGAUAUGAUGACAUUGCUAUGCCAAAAAUCUUUAAGAGGAAUGCAGACCCGUGCACCAUCGUAGGCUGCAAGUGGUUCAAAUCUGGAGAGCACGUCUACAUACCGUACUACAUCGACACUAAUUACUCGCCGGAAGAACGACACCAAAUCCUUGUAGUUCUUCAAAGAUUCAACAAGUCCACCUGCAUCCGUUUUGUACCGUUUAAAUUGAAGAAUUCUGAUUACCUUUAUUUCUAUACUCGACCUAAUGAAGGGUGUUGGUCCUACAUUGGCCGUCAGGGAGGAGGGCAGUUCAUCUCUCUGGAGAGAAAUAAAUGUCUGCGAACCUCUACGGUGAGCCACGAGGUCCUUCACGCUCUGGGCUUCAACCAUGAGCAGGUCCGCAUCGACAGAGACGAAUACAUCCGCGUUUUAUUCCAGAACAUCAAACCAGAGCAAAGGUUUAACUUUUGGAAGGUACGAACCAACAACAUGGGAUCUCCUUAUGACUACAACUCUGUCAUGCAUUACAAGAAGUAUGCUUUUUCUAAAAACGGGCAGCCAACCAUCGCUGCCAGGUCUCAUCAAAUCCACAGCUUUGGAAACUCAUACGGAAUGAGCAACACUGACAUCGACCGAGUCAACAAACUUUAUAACUGCAGGAAAAACUAAAGCAUAAACUUUUAACAUUUCUCAAAACAAAACAAAACAACAUUCUAACAGAAGGCUUUUAACACUGAUCAUUUAAUGUCAGUGUGAACCAGAAAUGAUCAAACUUAGUUUACAGAAACCAGGAGUUAUUUUAUCUUUAACUAGUUACAUUUAUUUUAUUAUGUCUGAUUGAGUCACGUUUUUGAAAAAUUUACUUUUAUUAGCAUUUUUUUACUAUGCUGCACGUUUUACUUUUACUUGAGUAACUUUAUUAUGAAGUAUCACUACUCUUGCUUGAAUAAAAUUUAUGGAGUCUCAAAAACAAACAUGUUUUAAAAUUCACCAGACAGAGACACACGCCUGCAGUUUUUAUUGAAAGAAUCUGAUUUGGAUAAAUGUUCUUUUGUCUGAUUUUUUUGUUACUUAUAAAUAUGAAUUAUUGUCAUUUUCAUCCUUAAAAUACCAAAACUUCCACUUAACUUUAUACUUUGACCGUCUGAUGAUGUAAUUUUAACUAUGAAAUGACUGAUAAUAUGAUUAUCAAUCAUUUGAGUAAACUUUUUAUCCAAAUACUUUUUAACUCUUGAGUAAUUUCUGGGAUGGCUACUUUUUACUUUUACUUGAGUAAAAAUAUCUUUAGAUAGUGCUACUCUUACUUGAUUACAAUUUUUGGGAACUCUGC